ACAAUUGAGACUUUUUUUAAUGAAACAAACAACAAUCGAAUAUCUGUUAAAUAUUUGUUGUUGGUUUUCUCAGACUUGGGCGGUCAUAUUUCGAUUUGAAAUGUAAGACAUUGUAAUUAUUUUCUCCUCUUAGCCAAUCACAUGGAGAUAUUUUUUGUGAAAAUAAUGUAUUUUUAUGAAAAAAUCAUAAAUUUCUUAAAUUACAAAAUAGAGGAACUGUACAUAAAAUGACACGUGAAUAACAACUUUACGUGUUUUGACUCAAUAUUAUUUUAUAUGGGUUUAUCACGUUGGUUCCAUACUCUCUAUCCAAUUGUAGUUGAAACUGUUCGCUUUUAUAAUGAUUAUAACCGUCCCAUCAUAAAAAAUCCCACAUCUGCCAAUUGGAGUCUCUAAAUGAGAUGUUAAUUAUAUUAUUUGACAACUGUAAUAUGCGAAGCAUUUAGAGGAAGACAAGGUUAAUUGAAUUUCUUACACAAGCCAACCACAUGAGCUUAAUGUGAAUAAAAUUCGAUUAGCAUUAACCACGUUCGCACAAGGAAGUACACACCUUGAUAACAAAACACGCAGCCCAACACUAGAGUCAAGCUCUAUGAGAGCGUUUUGUCACCCUAACGUUACGGUUUAUCAGUCACGAGAUCAUUUCAUAAAAGCAGGUCAGGUUACACAUUUUCGUGAACAUCCAUAUAGAAAAAGAAUACAAUUUUAUAACAGAAAAUAUAUACUUUUUUGUUCGUUUGUUUGUUUUUGUUGGUAAAAUUUAUUUGACAAUGUUCUGUUUAUUUAUUUUUAAACCUCUCUAUUUACCAACUAACACAAGCCCUUCAAAAGCAUACGAAAACAUUCUAAUUUCUUUUUUUUUCUAAUGAAAAAGCUAACGUUCUCCGGCGAUUAGGGAAAGCUUUAUUUUCAAAGUUGAAAUGCCUUAACUGGCAGAUAAUAUAGAUAGCCACAACUGAUGUCAUUUCCCCAAUAUAGAUGGAUUUCUUAAAUUGCUUAGAUCAAUUAUGAAAUGAAUCCUUCACAUCCGUUCGUUAUUAUUUAAAUCUAUUUAAGUGGGAUGUGCUGUUUCUCUGUGUGUCCCAAAAUUAUAAUCUAAUAGAUGCAUAUUAAAAUUUCCUUAUCAUUAUUUCUCGUUGCUAUGUAAUUAACCUUGGUAGUAUGGCUAUAAAAAGGAUGCAAACAGAUUCAAAAGCAGUAGGAACGGCGAAACAAUGAUGAAUACUAUUUUAAUCUAUCUAGCUACUAUCGUGGUAGCAACAGAAGCUUAUUACACUUGCUUUCAACUAAAGACAUGGACAUCUGCUAAGUCUGGUAUCCAUACUAUCAAACUGCCGUCAGGUGCUUACAAGGCUUACUGCGAAAUGUCCCUAAACGGGGGUGGGUACACCUUCAUAUCGUGGGAAAUGUUUAAUAAAUUAAGACAAGCUGAUUUCAAGUAUUUGUUUCGAAUCAACCGAGACGUUCUGUUGCGACUUUCGAAACCAGAUGGUACUCAGCCUUACACAGUCAUUCGGCAGUACAAAAAUACCGGUGGAUUAUCGUUAGAUAUCAACAAGUUUACCCCUGGCAAUAAGCCUGUGAAUGCUCACCUAGGAAGGUAUCUUUACUUAAAUGUCCUCCGUUCAGGCAUCGCUGACAAACAAACGACCGGAUUCAUCUCUAACAACAAAUUUAUCCGAUAUCGAAAUUGUCAUUACAACACACGUGGUUAUUUUGCCUUCUUCUUCAAUCAGAAUGAAAGGCGCCCUUCCACUUAUCAUAAAAAUAACUUAAUAUACGAACGACAAGGCGUAGCAGUGAAUUGGAGAGCAAGUGCGAAAAGACCAUAUUCUGCGCGCAGAAUGCCGUUCAAUUAUUUCUUCUUUGCUGAACUUCACUUCGGAGGGUGUGGUACGUACACUUCAAGCGAUCGAUGGAUGACAUCAAGAUAUCCCGCUCAUGGAGUAGCAAUUGGAGUACGUUAACCAAGCCAUUAAACAUCAUUAUCAUCACUAUGGAUAUUCUGUUGUUGUUACCAUUAUUUAAAACAUAUCUCCAUGUCAAUGUACUUUAGCUGCAAUAGGUAAUUAUAAUGAUUUCCUUAUGCAAAACAGAGACUCUUUUCUUAAAGGUACCAAUAUGUAAAUUAUUUCCCAAUAAUAAUAAUAAUGAUUUUAGCCACACUUUGCUUUCCUAACUCGUGCGGACAUUUUACCCUAUGUCGUCCAGGACUUAUCGAACAUGAGUGGGCCGGAAGGCCCCGCCCUUU